AUGGCGGGAGAUCUCAACAGCAAAAACAGUAAUUACAAUCAAAAGCAGCACUUUUUCGAAAGUAGUGGUCAAACCCGCGUCCUUGCAAGCUGUUACAGUGAGCACGGUGGUAUCCCUGAGGCUCCCUCAGGGUCUAAAAUGCUUGCAACAAGCCCUCCCCUUGGUUCUCCAGCGAUUUCCAUCGCUGAGAAUUUCUUCUGGCCUAGAGACAAGUUGUCUCGAAAUACAGGGGAGGCAGCGCAAACCAUCACAGAGGAGUGUGAGAGGCUCUUCUGCGACACGCUGUCUGCAAUGUUCCUUGGUGAGAGGAACUGCGGACAACGGAGGUCGCUGGUGGUGGGUGCGCAUCGUCAGGAAUUUCGGCCAGAUAGCGUCAAGGACAACUACCGACGAAUCGAAAGUUGGGUUGAACUUUGGGAUUACGCGAAUGAUGCGAUCUAUAGAGGUUUCGUCGUCGACGAUAGCAAUGGGAAGACGAUGUUCGUGUUUUUCGAAGAUCGUACAUCUGACCAUGGUAUCAAGACUGGUUUACUAUCAUUAUUUGAAUUGGCCGAUAUGGACGCGUUCAACUGUACUCGGAUUGUCGCAUGUGUCCCUCGCUCGGCUGAUCCGUCCGAAUUGGGCAUCAUAGUCAGCAAAGGAUUCACCGGUCGUCAUGGUCGUGCCUAUCUAGUUUCAGCGGUUCCUAUACCUACCUCAAUAUCCAUGGCUUCAUCAUUUUCUCCCACAUCUCUGCCAAAUACAAUCACGCAAAGGCCAGUUCCUCGACAGCUAGUCACCGGUGCCCACACAGUGUGUGACAUAAGCUGUGCCUUUUGCGGAAGCGUACUAGGUUGGAAAUAUGUUGCUGCAGAAGAGGAAUCUCAGCGCUACAAGGUUGGCAAAUUUAUCUUGGAGACCAAGCGCAUAAGCACCUCUUCUUGCUGGGAAAUCGAAUCCGACACUGCUACAAGCGUCUCCAAUGCCGCCCAAAUAUCUAAAAAUACUACAUCUCAGCCUUUCGACAGUGCAGUGGAAUUUGAUAGCCAAGACGAGGACGAAUGCGAAGACCUUUUCGCUGGAGUGUGGACCCCAGCCCUCGCUAUACGCCGGAGAAGGCGCAAGUUCGAUAGCCACUCUGCAGUCUGA